AUGCUUCCAUUAAUUGGGAAAAAAAUUAUCUUUGAUAACUUUCCUGAUCCUUCGGAUACAUGGGAAAUCACUGAAACAAUUGGCAAAGGAACUUAUGGGAAAGUUUUUAAAGUGCUGAAUAAGAAAAAUGGACAAAAAGCAGCAGUCAAAAUUCUGGAUCCCAUUCACGAUAUUGAUGAAGAGAUUGAAGCAGAGUAUAACAUCUUAAAAACACUUUCUGACCACCCUAAUGUGGUCAGAUUCUACGGGAUGUACUUUAAGAAAGACAAAGUGAAUGGAGAUCAACUGUGGUUGGUUCUUGAGCUGUGCAAUGGAGGCUCAGUGACAGAUCUUGUGAAAGGCUUUCUGAAGAGGGGCGAGAGAAUGAGUGAACCUGUAAUUGCCUAUAUUUUACAUGAAGCACUCAUGGGACUUCAGCAUUUGCAUAACAACAAAACAAUCCACAGGGAUGUAAAAGGAAAUAACAUCCUAUUGACUACUGAAGGAGGAGUUAAACUGGUGGAUUUUGGUGUGUCUGCACAGCUCACCAGCACGUGGCACCGCCCCAACACGUCGGUGGGAACACCGUUUUGGAUGGCGCCUGAGGUGAUUGCAUGUGAACAGCAAUUGGAUACCACGUAUGAUGCCAGAUGUGACACAUGGUCCUUGGGUAUCACGGCCAUUGAGCUGGGGGAUGGAGACCCCCCCCUUGCAGACCUGCACCCGAUGAGAGCCCUCUUCAAGAUACCAAGGAACCCGCCCCCCAAACUAAGGAAACCUGAGCUGUGGUCACCCGAAUUCAAUGACUUCAUUAGCAAGUGCUUGACUAAAGAUUAUGAAAAGCGUCCAACGGUGUCAGAUCUUUUGCAGCAUAAAUUCAUUACCCAAAUCGAGGGCAAAGAUGAGAGUUUACAAAAACAACUCAUGGAAUUCAUUGACAUCAAUCAGCGUAUGGGAAGCACAGAAAAAGCCAGACAUGAACGCGUUCACACCAGGAAAGGUCAUUUCAGUAGACCCCUCAUUUCCUGCGUGAAGGAUGUGGAUGACUUAGCAACUCUAGAAACAUUGGAUGAAACUACAGUCUCAGAGCAACUGGAGAAGUGUUAUUCGAGAGAUCAGAUCUACAUCUACGUGGGAGAUAUACUGAUUGCCCUCAACCCUUUCCAGAAUCUGGGUCUUUAUUCCACAAAGCAUUCCAAAAUGUAUAUGGGAGCCAAGAGAGCCGCCCAGCCUCCUCACAUUUUUGCAAUGGCUGACUUAGGAUACCAGUCUAUGGUUACUUAUAAUUCAGAUCAGUGCGUCGUUAUUUCUGGGGAGAGUGGUGCUGGGAAGACUGAAAGUGCCCAUCUUUUAGUUCAGCAGCUGACGGUGCUUGGGAAGGCUAAUAAUAGAACACUUCAAGAGAAGAUUUUACAAGUGAACAAUUUAGUGGAAGCCUUUGGCAAUGCUUGCACGAUUAUCAAUGACAAUUCCAGCAGAUUUGGAAAAUACUUAGAAAUGAAGUUCACCUCUUCUGGAGCUGUAGUGGGAGCGCAGAUUUCUGAGUACCUUCUAGAGAAAUCUCGAGUUACCCACCAAGCUGUUGGAGAAAAAAAUUUUCAUGUUUUUUACUACGUCUAUGCUGGCUUGGCUGAAAAGAAGAAACUAGCCCAUUAUAAGUUACCUGAAAAUAAGCCUCCCAGGUACCUACAAAAUGACCACCUCAGGACAGUGCAGGACAUGAUGAAUAAUCGUUUUUAUAAAUCCCAAUAUGAGUUAAUAGAACAGUGUUUCAAAGUCAUCGGCUUUACAAUGGAGGAACUUGGAAGUGUGUACAGUAUACUUGCUGCGAUCUUAAAUGCUGGAAACAUUGAAUUUUCCUCUGUGACAUCUGAACACCAGAUUGACAAAAGCCACAUUUCCCAUCACGCAGCUUUGGAGAACUCUGCUUCUUUGCUUUGCAUCCAGGCAGAUGAGCUGCAAGAAGCUCUCACCUCCCACUGCGUGGUGACUAGAGGAGAGACCAUUAUACGUCCCAAUACUGUAGAGAAAGCCACUGAUGUCCGAGAUGCGAUGGCUAAAGCUUUAUACGGGCGCCUCUUCAGCUGGAUAGUCCAUCGCAUUAACAGCCUGUUGAAGCAUGACACCUUGCCAAGUGAUGAUGGAGAUGAACUGAGCAUUGGCAUUCUUGAUAUAUUUGGCUUUGAAAAUUUCAAGAAAAAUUCCUUUGAGCAGCUGUGCAUUAACAUUGCAAAUGAACAAAUUCAGUAUUAUUUCAAUCAGCAUGUGUUCGCCUGGGAACAGAAUGAAUACCUACAUGAAGAUAUUGAUGCCAGAGUUAUUGAAUAUGAAGAUAACCGGCCUCUUUUAGAUAUGUUCCUUCAGAAGCCAAUGGGUUUGCUGUCCCUCCUUGAUGAAGAAAGUCGAUUCCCCAAGGCCACUGACCAGACUCUCAUAGAAAAAUUUGAAAAUAACCUGAAAUCCCAGUUCUUCUGGAGACCCAAGAGGCUGGACCUCAGUUUUGGAAUUCACCACUACGCAGGAAAGGUCCUCUAUAAUGCAAGUGGGUUUUUAGCUAAAAAUAGAGACACUCUUCCAACUGACAUUGUGCUACUGUUGAGGUCAUCAGAAAGCAGUGUCAUUCGGCAACUAGUCAAUCACCCUCUGACAAAAACAGGUAAUCUGCCACAUUCUCGAACUAAAAAUAAAAUAAGCUAUCAAGUGAGGACUUCAGAAAAAUCAAUCGAACUGACAAAGGGUGACAACGCAGAAGCCACCCGCCAUGCCAGAGAGACGACCAACAUGAACACACAAACGGUGUCGUCAUAUUUUAGAUAUUCGCUGAUGGACUUAUUAUCUAAAAUGGUGGUGGGCCAACCUCAUUUUGUGCGCUGCAUCAAACCAAAUAAUGACCGUCAGGCAAGAAAAUAUGACAAAGAAAAAGUUCUGCUCCAGCUUCGCUGUACAGGCAUUCUGGAAACCGCGAGAAUCCGACGGCUAGGGUACUCACAUCGGAUACUCUUUGCUAACUUCAUAAAACGGUACUGCAUUCUCUGCUACAAGUGGGAUGAAGAGCCCCCAGUGAGUCCGGACACCUGUGCCACCAUUCUGGAGAAAGUGGGUCUUGAGCACUGGACUCUUGGAAAAACAAAAGUGUUCCUUAAAUAUUAUCAUGUGGAGCAGUUGAAUUUAAUGAGAAAGGAAACCAUUGACAAGCUGAUUUUGACUCAAGCCUGUAUCAGAGGAUUCCUGGGCUCAAGAAGGUACCACAAAAUACAAGCGAAAAGAAAAACAAGCGCUCUGAUAAUACAAUCAGCUGCAAGGAGACACCUAGUCAGGAAGCAAGGAAAAGAAACUGCUGACACAGAAAACACAGCAGUGGCCACCCUUCAUCAUGGUCAAGAAUUUGACUACAAGGAAAACUUUGAAAAUAAAAGGGAGUCCUUUUUGAAGAAACAAACAGAAAACUCCAUCUCCUCUAAAGAAGCACGGGCCCCGGCUCCCAACAAUGGAGGCGUCACAACUGUAGUGAAGACAUCUUCUUUCAAAGGUGAGAACGAAGUCAUUCGUGUGGUGGAGAGUAACUACUGGGGACAUCAAACAGAGAACAAAAUGAACAACGUAUCCGAGGAAGCAGCUAAGCAAGACGUGUACCCUGUCAGGGAUUCUUGGGCAGAAUCGAACCCCAAGCAGAAGUAUAUCAGAGACCUGGACGACGGCACUAAAACGAGGAAAAUGGAGAAAGAGGACGCUGUGAUCCAGAGUUACUACCAGAGGUACACAGAGGAGAGAAAUUUUGAAGACUCAAAAAUGGCGUAUCUAGAGAGGAAGGGCACUUCAGAAAGAGCAGACUACUCAGGACUUUGGCUCGCUGAGAAUGGGACUAAGCAGCCUUCAUUCAAAAGCUCUUUGGAACCCCGCCUUAGCCAACAGUCUACUUACCAAAAUACAAAUGGCCAAGAAAAAGAAAAGAAGGUAUCUGUGGUUACCCAGAAUGCAUCAGUAUGCAGCCAGGAGAAGAGCCAACAGAGGCAUGGGACAGUCAGAGGAAGGCAGCAUGAGCAAGUGAUUCCAGACCUGGUAGAAGAAGAAAAAGCAGCAAUAUUCAUCCAGAGUAAAUACCGGGAUUAUAAGAGAAGGCCGGAAUUAAGAAAGGACGGGGUACUCUCCUCUUCCUUUAAGAAUCAAGAGAUGGUGACAGCCCCAAAGGAAGUCACAGGACAUGCUCAUGCCGUGCGCUCCUGCCCCGUCAAUCAUGAAGAUGCCUUUCAUUUUCACAUGAGAGACGAGCAAGAUUCCAAAGCAACUGCGGACAAGGAAGCGAGUGCUUUGGCAGUUUUUUCAAAGCAGAUAUCAAAGCUAUCUGAAGAAUAUUUUGUUCUGCAGAAAAAACUGAAUGAGAUGAUUGUGUCCCGACAACUGAAGCCGCUCCGUCUGGAUGCCUCUCCCCGUGAGCCGCUUAGGAAAUGGGGCUCUUCUCCUCAGGGCCUCUCAGGUAUCUCUAAAGGAGAAGAGCCAAAAAUACUGAGACCCCCAAGACGACCCCGGAAACCCAAAACGCUAAAUAACCCUGAAGACUCCACCUACUAUUACCUACUACAUAAGUCAAUCCAAGAAGAAAAGCGAAGACCAAGAAAAGACAGUGAGGGAAAAUUAUUAGAUUUGGAAGAUUUUUAUUAUAAGGAAUUCUUACCCAGUCAUUCUGGACCAAAAGAAUGCGAGCAUAGUUCUAAAGAACAAAGACCACAAAGAGAACUCCAGAAUCAAUGCUCUAAGGCUGCUGAAAGGUACGGGGCGACCUGGAGCCCUGAAGAACAGGAGAAUGGGCCCGGAGCCAAUCCCUAUGAUUACAGGAGACUCCUGCGCAAAACCUCCCAGCGCAGGCGCCUGGUCCAGCAGUUGUAG